AUGGGAAACAAUUCAAGAGCUAUCUUGUCUUUAGUUUUAGUGGUAGCCUUAUGUGCUGCAAUUAUCAUCACUCCCGGAAUAGCUCAUGUGCAACAACCACCACCGCGCUUGCAAUUCCCAAUCGAUAUGGAAAAAUGUUGGUCAUCUCUUUUCAAUACCCAUGGAUGCGUGUUCGAACUCUACAAGUCAGUUUUCUCUGGUCAGUUUGGAAAUGUAGGAGUUGCAUGUUGCAAAGCAUUCUCGACCAUCGAUGCUAACUGUUGGCCACAUAUGUUUCCGUUAAACCCCUUCUUUCCACCUCUUAUUAAGGACAACUGCGCGCACAUUCUCCCCAGUUCCCCCACACACCAGUGA